AUGGUGAAUGUUCAGGCAAAGUUUCAGAUGACUCAGCGUUUCUUCUAUUCUUUUUUAGGGCGUAUCCGUAACACACCCGAAUGUGGAGAGGAGAACCUUGCAGGUUGGAGGCCCCGCAGUGACAGCCUCAUCCUGGACCACCAGUGGGAGCUGGAGAAACUUAGCCUUCUACAAGAGGUGGAGAAGACCAGGCAUUACCUUCUGCUGAGAGAGAAGCUGGAAGCAUCUCUGCUGCUGGGACAGGAUUCUUUCUGUGGCAAAGACUUGAUGGACUCACCUAAGGCCUCCAGCCCCAUGAUCAACCCAGUAGUCAGUCUGGGUCUGGACAGUCCCAACGAGAGGCAGAGGGAGCUGGCUGCCAAGUGUGUGCGACUGCUCAUGCACACAUUCAACAGGCAGUAUAGCCAGGUGAGCAGCAGUCUCAGUGAGAGCAAGCUGUCAGAGAUGUCUGCAUCACUUUUAAGAGACAGUUCUUCUUCCCUUCUGAGCACUUUAACACCCUCCUCCACCUGCCCGUCACUGGUGGAUGGUCACUAUGACAGUCCAGACCUCAGAGGUGCUGAAGCAAACUCUGGUGCCUCUAGCCCUGAUCUCGACCCCUUCAGCCCUAUAGAGAGAAAACACAGGAGCUGCACCUUCAUCCCGAACAUACAGGAGAUUCGCGUCAGCCCCAUUGUGUCAAAGAAAGGCUAUCUACACUUUCUCGAGCCACACACCAAUGGCUGGGUGAAGCGGUACAUUGUGGUGCGGCGGCCAUAUGUCUACCUGUACCGCAGUGAGAGAGACUGCGUGGAGAGAGCAGUCAUCAACCUGUCCUCUGCUCAGGUGGAGUACAGUGACGAUCAGCAGGCCAUGCUGAGGGCUCUUAACACUUUUGCAGUGUGCACUGAGCACCGCAACAUUCUCCUCCAAGCAGCCAAUGACAAAGAAAUGCAUGACUGGCUGUACGCAUUCAACCCACUUCUGGCAGGAACUAUCAGGUAUUUAAAAUUAAAUUAUUAUUUUAUUUUAGUAUUUCACCACACAAAAACCAACCUGUGUGUGGACUGCCACACAGGACCUGGGGCCACUCCACUGUAUUUGGCCUGUCAGGAGGGACAUCUGCAUGUGGUUGAAUACCUGGUGAAGGACUGCGGUGCAAACGUCCAUGUGCAGGCCAAAGAUGGCAUGAGUGUGUUGCAUGCAGCUGCCCACAUUGGACACUAUGCCCUGGUGGUUUGGCCUCCUUCACAAGAUCUUGAUCUGUCCUGUCAGGAUAAGGAUGGAGCCACAGCACUGCACUUCGCCACUAGCGAGGGCAACCAUCGCAUUUGCUGCCGAGUGCUGCUGAAUAAUCACAUCAGUCCACUGGAGAGAGAUUCAGAUGGGUUUACUGCAGUGGAUCUGGCAGAAUACAAUGGCUAUCAUGACUGUGCCAACUUCCUCCGUGAUGCAGAUGCUCAUCAGUCUGCAGAUAUUGUUCUCAUAGAGGAGGAAAGGACCUUGUUUAGCACAGCUGACUCACACCAGGAUAUUAAGGACCUGUCCUGUGAACUCGGACAUAGUGGCAGGAUGGAAAAUAUCAAGCAGCCGGUGAAUGAAGUCCCUCCCCAGCCUCGUCCCUCUCCAACAUAUCUGGAUAACUCAUCCACAUUACCGUCCUCCUCACAGGCUAAGAGAGCUGGAGCUGGAACCAUUCAGCACAUGCAAGUGGCCUCUACAGUUGUAACUUCAUUCAACAUGAGGAAACACCUUGAGGAUGAGGAGACAGUCUGUGCUCUACCAUUUUCAUCCAAAAAAGGCAAACCCCACACAUAA